UGGGCUGUUUGUUGAUUGUUGAUUGUUUUAUUUUGAAUGAUUUGAAAUUUCUAGCGGUCGGAUUGGCGGUUAAGCCGUGCUGAGUUUCCGACCUCCUUUUCUUGAAUUUAGUGUUGUUGGCAAACCAGGUUUUAAAAGUGAUUAGUUAAACCAUGAGUAAGAAAAACCAAGACUUGUCAAAGCUUCGCAAAAAGCUUGAGCAAUCAUCCAAAAAGACGCGGAGGUCUACCGAUCUUCGACGUUCAUUGGGGAGGAAGUCAGUCGGAGAUUCUAGUUUUAGCGAUAUUGCAACUCUUGAACAAGCCUCAUUCUCUGGUUCUACUUUCAAUGAAAGUUGUCAUCUUAACCCUGAUUCUGCAAUAAUUGAUCCUGCAGUAACAGAAAAUCCAGAUUGGUUCAAGACCCUUCCUCCUGAUCUUCAAGCAAGUGAAAGCAGUAUUCUUGAGGCCUUGCAGAAAGACAGAGACACACAGCUACCCAACAACUCAAACAUAUCGUUGGUAAAUGCGUCAUUUGACAAACGUAAAGUACAUGAGGUACUUGAUUGCUCUGUAGUUGUAAGUAGAGAAUCCAUUGAUCGACAAAUUAAAAGGCCAUCCUUGAAUGUCGAUGACAGUGCUUCUGGAUCGCCUCUCAUUGAAAAUCUGUCCAAAGAACUUCCCCAGCGCAGGCCAAAUACUCUUGGAAAGGGACUGAGGAAAAGAAGUAAGAACUCUCUUGAUGCUCAGUUUAGAAAUGCGUUGGAAGAGAGUGAGCACAGCGAUGAGAGUCUGGAGGUACCAAGAAAAAUUUCUAAAACCUUUUCAAAAGAAGCGUCGAAUCAAAACACUGUAGCCCCUCGCAGUAAAAAAUCAUCCCCCAAUGAAAAUUCACUUGGAGAACUUCCUCAGCGCAGACCAACAACUCUUGGGAAGGGACUGAGGAAAAGAAGUAAGAACUCUCUUGAUGCGGAGUUUAGGAAGGCAUUGGAAGAGAGUGGGCACAGCGAUGAAAGUUUAGAGGUAUCAAGAAAGACCCGUGCCAAAGAAGGGUCAAAUGAAAAUAAUAUAACCACACACAGUAAAAAUGUAGACCUCGAGCCAUCCCCCGUUCAGGAUUCACUAGGACAACUUCCUCAGCGCAGACCAAAUUCUCUUGGGAAGGGACGGAGGACAAGAAGUAAGAGUUCUCUUGAUGCAGAGUUUAGGGAAGCAUUGGAAGACAGUGGUCAGAGUGAAGAGAAUUUGGAGGCACUACGGAAACUUUCUAAGAGCAGCUCAAAUGAAAUAUCACAAAAACAUAAAUUAUCUUCACUUGGUCAAACUCAGAACCAAGGACCACUUCUCACUGACAAUAUACCUGAAGACCUUCCUCGGCGCAGGCCAAAUACUCUUGGGAAAGGACUGAGGAAUAAAAGUAAGAACUCUCUUGAUGCGGAGUUCAGGAAGGCAUUGGAAGAGAGUGGGCACAGUGAUGAAAGUUUAGAGGUAUCAAGAAAUGCCCGUGCCAAAGAAGGGUCAGAUCACAAUAAUAUAACCACACACAGCAAAAAUUCAUGCAUUCAAGAUUCACCAGAGGAAGUUCCCCAGCGCAGAUCAAGUUUUCUUGGGAAGGGACAGAGGACAAGAAGUAAGAGUUCUCUUGAUGUGGAGUUGAGGGAAGCAUUGGAAGACAGUGCGCACAGUGAAGAGAAUUUGGAGGCACUAAGGAAACUUCCGAAGAGCAGCUCAAAUGAAAUAUCACAAAAACAUAACUUGUCUACACUGAGUAAAACCCCGAAUCUGGGGUCUCCCACGACUGAAAAUUUGUCAGGGCAGUAUUUGAGGCGCAGGUCCCACACUCAGCUAUUGAAACUGACGUCUAGAACAUUGGCAACUGCUAACAUAGAUAAAUCUGUGGAUGAAUCCUUGGAUCUUCCUCGCCGCAAACAAACUACCAUUGGAAAAUAUCUAAAAAGAGAUUUUGCUGAUAAUUCUGCUCUUGAUGAGUUUAAGAAGGUUCUGGAAGACACUUCAUCAUCUGAGGAUGAGAGGGAUAAUGUGGGAAAUACCGCUACACCUAAUGAGAGCCUUUCUCGAAAUCCUGUACAUGAUAAAGAGAAUGUACCUCACAUUAAAAUUACACCAGUGUUAGAGCACUCUGGAAGUGAUAGUUUCAACUUGCCUCUAGGUGCAGAAGCAAGUAAUUUGAGUGGUUUGCCACGUGAUAUUGAACCUAAAAGGAAAAGUCUUUUUCUUGGAAGAAAGAGAGUGUCUAAAGAGUCUGCAGUUAGUGUAGUGGCUGAAGACACUGAACCUGAACCAUCUCAAGAAAGCAGAAAAACUGAUUCAAGAGGUAACUUAGAGCCUAAGUCUACCAAGUUGGGAAGAAUGGACAAUGUCCCCCAAUCAAGUGAAGAUUCAGUAACUGACAACACAAGACAUCUUCCCCUUAGUACUGCCAAUAUUGAAGUGAUCCAAUCGGAUGAUUUGCCAGUGAACUUGAGUGCUAAAAGUAGAAAUUCUUCUCAGUUUCCUGUGCAGACAGCUAGAUCAUUUUCAAUGCUAAAUAUUAGUUCACCGCAAGUCCAAAGUAGGAAAUCUCAGCAAGUAUCAGUACUUUCAGAAAUAGUCCCAGUGAACCUUUCUGUUUCACGUGAAUCUGGAAUGCUAUCUCCCAGAAGUGCUGCCGUGCUCUCAGAACAUCCUUCGCAAGCUAUGAAUGAUACACCCCUAUCCACUCAAGAAUCUCAGGCUCCAAGACGCAUCAGUAAGAGCUUUCAAGGAAAACUGAUUGAUAAAAAUCUUGAAAGCCCAAAUCUCAAAAGUGGCGAUUCUGUGAGGAACACUGGUGUGGAUGAUGAGAGCUGUCAUAGCUCUGCUAGUACUAUAUCUUUACCAUCAAAUUUAACUAGCGUGGGAACAGACUCAGUGUUUACAAGAGGUUCCUCAAAUGCAGUGAAAAUAUCCUGUCCUGAAACUCUUACAAGUUCUGUGCCAACAAUAGAUACACCAGGAUCAGAUUCAGUUUUCACCUACCCAGCCAAAAAUAAGCUACUAAAAUCAAGUAGUCUUCAAACGGAAUCCAUCCCCUCAAGCAACAGCAUUCCUCCAACAAAUGUUCCUGAAGUACGCCAAGAUGGAAAUGAUUCAUGGACUGAAAAUCCAUAUCCAGACAGAACAAUGGAUAGUUUUGGAAUCGGAGAGUUAGAACCUCUAGGAAAGGAUUCUUCACCUAUUUCGGAAUCUGAUGAUGAGAGUGACGAAGGUUAUGCAAAUGAAGGGGAAAGUUCAGACAGAUCAGAAAAUCCAAGGAUGGCUAUCAAACUUAGUCAUCUGUCUGAUGCUUCUGCUAAAUCUUUGUCAAAUAGCCCUGUACACAGUUUUCCAUCUCCAGCUGCAAAUCUAAAAGUUUCUGAUGGCCGUAAAAGUAUCAGAAGUAGCCUGAAUCAAUCCAACAUUGGUCUGGAAAAUGUUGUUGCAGCAGUCAAACCAAACUUUGAGAAGACACAGAAUAUUGGUAAGAAAAUCAAAGCACCACUGAAGGCACCACCCAAAAAGUUGACAGAACCUGAGUUGGAUAAAAUGAGAUCUGGUUUAAAAAAAUGGAUGGACGAUAUCAAGAAAGAUGUCCACACCACUGUUGAGGAGAGUCGCCUUGUAUCUACAUUAAAGACCACUUCUUUCAAAAAACCAGAAAAACCAGCACCUAAGGCAGCAAAAGGACCAGCCAAGAAGAAAGACCCUGAUCCGUAUUUUGGUGAUUAUCGUCCUCCAAAGAGAGUCAAGCCUCGUCCCUACGUUACAGACAAGAUGUACAAAUUUCUUGAGAAGAAACUGAAGGACAAAUUUGGCCUUGAAGCUAGAAUCAAAGCUGAAGAUUUUGUUGCAGUUUUGUGUAAUCUUGUACAGAACACAAUCAAAGAGAAAAAUAAGAAUAAAUAUCAUAAAAUGGUAUUUAAGCUACGUAGUGAAAUGGUCAAACUAGGUCUAAUUAGGACCCAAUUUGACUAUCACUUAUUUAUUGAAGACUAUCUUCCAGAUGCCUUCCGUGUCAAAUCGAUUCCCUGUUAUGGAUGUUCUAAAGGACCUACCCUUGAUGUUGAAGAUUUGUACAGUGAUCUUUCUGUCAAAUAGGUCUCUGCUCCUCUUUAAAGAAGCAACCAUUUAAUAAUCAAAUGCAAUAUUUUCUUUGUGUGCUAUAGGACACUUUUUGUAGUGUUUUGUUAUAUAUAAUUUGACUGCAGAUAUUAGAUUAUGUUUUGUUUCUUUUGUAUUGUAUUGGCCUAGGUUACCAUUCUGGGUGGAUUGUAAAGCAUUCAUGUUAUAUUCUUUUUAUAGCUUUUGUGGUGUAAAAUUGAUGAAAAGAGAAAAAUAAUACAGUAUCUUUAUUUAUCUUA